AUGGUGAAAGUUAGUUCCCCAACCCCCAGCUUCUCUGCACUCUUCUUCUCGCGGCUCUUCUCCCCGUUCGAUCGGUUCGCAUUUGUGCGCGACAUCGGGCAGGGAACGAUGAACGCCAGGCGAGACGUUGCAGAGGUAGUCGACUCGCUCUCAGAUCCCUUGCCAAACGCGGACGCGCGACAGGCCCCUCCAGGCACCCAGACCGAAGAGAAGAGAACCGCUGCGCCAGACGCCGAAGAGCAGCGGAAGGGAAAAGUGAAGGCCGUGCAGGAAAAGGACUCACACGUCGUGAAGAGGGAGGAGGCGAACACCGAGGAGGAAGCGACGGAGGAAACAAAAGAGGGAGAAAAGCACGAGAAGAAGAAGGAAAAGAAGAGCGGCGAGAAGGAAGACAAAGCAGCAAAGAGAGAGCUGUCUGCCUCGAAGAACGAGAAGAUGGGGGCCGACGACAAGAGUGGCAAGGAGACUGAGAAGCGCGUGCUUGAGUCGGGCGCGCACCCGGCGGACGCGCUCGCGGGUCCAAAGUCGGAUUUCCGCAGCUCUCCAAAGGUGUCUGGCAGAAAGGAGAAGAAGCGAGGCGACUCCAGCGUCCAGGCUUCGCCGGCACUUGGCCCCAGAGAGAGAAAGAGAGGCGACGGAAGCGUCCUCUCCACCCCUACGCUCGGUCCCCGCGAGCGGAAGGGCGACGGCAGUCUUCUCUCCACGCCCGUGCUGGGUCCGCGGACGCCCGCGAGGAAGGAACGCAAGAAGCUGCUGCAGCCCAGACCGACACAUGGACAAAUUCGCGUGAAGAAGGCAGACGUGCCUUCGAAUGAGCACGCGCUGGAGACAUAUUGGCGCUUCUGGUUCUACGACCGCAAGCAAGGCCCAGUCGACCCCCACAGGGACUUGUCCCUCGCCGGCUUCCCCGAGUCCACGCGCGUCUACGCCUCGCGCCUGCGUGCCUUCGACUGCUUCUUCACCAUCGAGGGAUUCUACAGAUACUGGCGCUGCUUCACGCGCGCGUCGGACCUGCCUGGCGAGUGGCUGCUUCAGCUCUUCCGCAAAGGCUGCUGGCCUCUUUGGGAGUGCUUCCCGACAGGCGGCUGCUGGGAGUUGCGCGUGAAGAAGGCCGGACAAGCCGCGCGCACAGUCGAAAGCGUUUGGGAGACGCUGGUGCUCGCCUGCAUCGGUGAGGCCUUCGAAAUGCCUGAGGUCGUCGGCGUCGUCCUCCAAUCGAAGCUGAAGGAGUUCGUGGUCUCCCUCUGGACUGAAGGCGGUCACAACCCCGAGGCCCAGCGACGCGUCGGCGACAAGUUGGCGCAGCUGUGCGCAUCCAAGGGGAACGUCGCCUUCCAGUACAAGGACUUCCAGACUGUCCUCAGAAACUGCGACGGCAAGGCGUCGCCGAAUCUGCGUCCGGCGAGCGCGGUGACUUCUCCGCUGCUGUUUGCUCUCGCGUCGCCGUCGCUGUCCUUCGCGCGCCUGCCUGCGGGCUCCUCCUUCCCCGCAGCGCUUUCCACGCCUUCGCCUUCCGCGUUCUCGCUGACGGCGUCGGUGGCCUCCACCGUGCCGGCGGCCUGCGCGAGCAAGAAGGAAAAGGAGAAGGAACCCAAGCACGACCAGAAGAAGGGAGCGAAGGCCGAGAAGAAAGACGCAAAGUGCGACAAAGCGGACGCGAAGACUGAGAAGGCGGACGCGAAGGCGGAGAAGGUCGAUGCCAAGAGUGAGAAGGCCGACGGUAAGGCGGAGGACGCCGCGGAAGACAAGAAGACAGAGGAGAAGGAGAAGUAG